AUGGCGCCAGAGGUGAUAAACUGUGAACAAGACGCGAGUUGUACGUACGAUGCUCGUUCAGACAUUUGGUCAUUGGGGAUUACAGCCCUGGAGAUGGCUGAAGGUCGACCUCCGCUGUGUGAAAUGCAUCCCAUGCGUGCCCUCUUCCUCAUUAUGCGCAACGCACCUCCUCGACUCAAGACUGGGUUAGGUGCUCGUCAGUGGUCGCCUCGUUUCCAUGAUUUCAUCUUCAAGAGCCUGGCCAAGGACUUCAGAAAGCGACCUACCACUACGGAACUUCUUAAACAUGACUUUGUGGCCAAUCUGCCCAAUGAACGACAAGUGCGUAUCCACCUCAAGGAUUACAUUGAUCGACAUAAGAGAACUCGGAGAAGUGAGUCUCUAGGCAUUAUUUUAUUCAAUCGUAAAUUGUGUUAUAAGACUGAUUGA